GGGAACCAGCCUCGGGCCUGACGGGAUUGUGGCGGUCCUCUCUUCCCACUUUGUAGCUUCCGCUGCCCCCGGACGCUCUCAAGAUGGCGACUUCUCUGGGUUCCAACACGUACAACAGGCAGAACUGGGAGGAUGCGGACUUCCCCAUUCUGUGCCAGACGUGUCUUGGAGAAAACCCAUAUAUCCGAAUGACCAAAGAAAAGUAUGGGAAAGAAUGCAAAAUCUGUGCCAGGCCAUUCACAGUGUUUCGCUGGUGCCCCGGGGUUCGCAUGCGUUUCAAGAAGACUGAAGUGUGCCAAACCUGUAGUAAAUUGAAGAACGUCUGUCAGACCUGCCUCUUGGAUCUAGAGUAUGGCCUGCCCAUCCAGGUUCGUGACGCAGGGUUGUCAUUUAAGGAUGACAUGCCAAAGUCAGAUGUCAACAAAGAGUACUACACACAGAAUAUGGAGAGGGAGAUUUCUAACUCUGAUGGAACUCGGCCAGUUGGCAUGCUGGGGAAAGCCACUUCCACCAGUGACAUGCUGCUCAAGCUGGCCCGGACCACACCCUACUACAAAAGGAACCGGCCCCACAUUUGCUCCUUCUGGGUGAAAGGAGAAUGUAAGAGAGGAGAGGAGUGUCCGUACAGACAUGAGAAGCCUACAGAUCCAGACGACCCCCUUGCUGAUCAGAACAUUAAAGACCGAUACUAUGGAAUCAAUGACCCUGUAGCAGAUAAGCUGCUAAAGCGGGCAUCAACAAUGCCUCGCCUGGACCCGCCAGAGGACAAGACUAUCACCACGUUAUAUGUUGGCGGCCUGGGUGAUACCAUUACUGAGACAGAUCUAAGGAAUCACUUCUACCAGUUCGGAGAGAUCCGGACCGUGACCGUGGUGCAGAGGCAGCAGUGCGCCUUCAUCCAGUUCGCCACGAGGCCGGCCGCGGAAGUGGCUGCCGAGAAGUCCUUCAAUAAGCUGAUUGUCAAUGGCCGCAGACUCAACGUGAAGUGGGGAAGGUCCCAAGCAGCCAGAGGAAAAGAAAAAGAGAAGGACGGAACCACGGAGUCUGGGAUCAAGCUAGAGCCCGUUCCCGGCCUGCCAGGAGCGCUUCCUCCUCCUCCCGCAGCAGAAGAAGAAGCCUCUGCCAACUACUUCAACCUACCCCCCAGCGGCCCUCCAGCUGUGGUGAACAUUGCCCUGCCUCCACCCCCUGGUAUUGCUCCGCCCCCACCCCCAGGUUUUGGGCCACACAUGUUCCACCCGAUGGGACCGCCGCCUCCUUUCAUGAGGGCCCCAGGACCAAUCCACUAUCCUUCUCAGGACCCUCAGAGAAUGGGAGCUCAUGCCGGGAAACACAGCAGCCCCUAGCACAUUGUCACCGCUCUGGGGCUCUGCAGGAGACAGGGCGCUUAUGAAUCCCAGUAAACGGAUCUUGGAAUAAAUACAUUUUUCCUUUCUCUGUAGUUCCCACGGUAGCUGAAUGUGUUCAGAUGUGGGCAGUCGGGGAACGACAGCCAUGAUCUGAUUGAUGGGCCUCACAUAAGCUGCCGUUAACACACCUGGUUACUACUAUAAUAUUACUAAUAAAACCCCAUGCCUGCUCCCCUUACUCCUGUGGGGAACAAGCAGCGGGAUGAAUUGGAAUGUCCAACGGAGUUACCAUCCCAGCUCUAUGUUCAUUUUGUAUUAUUUUUGGGGGGAAAAGAAAAUUGACCUGCGGUAAAAACCUUUUGACCAUUUUUAUGUCCAUUGGGUAUUUUCCUUUUUAUCGUCUAAAAAAAGGAUGACUAGUACUAAUCAUUGUAGUGGCUUGAGUGUGAUUUAACACUUCUGCAGUCACACCCUCAGAAGGACAAGUGGAAACCAGCAGCCCACGCAGCCCAGGUCUCUCCGCGCCUUCCGCUGAGGCCUGCCGGGGUCUGGCUGACACUUCUAGUUCUCCGCUACCAGAAAAGGACACAAAUUACAAUUACUUAGUAUUCCUAUCAGUUCGAUGGAAACAAAUGUCGCGAAGCUGUGUAUCACUGAAGAAACCUGGUGCCUGGGAUGAGAUUAUUUUCAAUAACUUCCUGUAAAACACUUUUAACAGACUGUGAAAUGUUGGCGCGUGUUUGAAUGGGAGACUGGUGACCUGCAGCUGGAACUUUGACCUUCGGCACUCACCUUCGAGUGUCUCCUCCUAACUCCCCGCUUCUGGGCAGGGAACUCUGUUUGGUCUUAGAAUGUUUGGGUAUAACUGAAUUGUAGAUGGAAAAAAUAAUUUGAUGUUGUGUUGUGUUGUUUUGUUUUUAAAAAAUUAAAAC